AUGAAGCAAUUACACAUAACUGAAUAUACCUUUGGCUGGAUCUGCGCCCUUCCCGAAGAAUUCCUCGCAGCUCAAUCAUUUCUCGACGAAGACCAUGGCCAACCCACGUUUCGCUUACCAAGGGACACCAAUUCAUACUGGCUAGGCGCCAUUGGAAAGCACAAUAUCGUUAUGGCUGUCCUACCAAGGGGUGAUGACGGAACUGCCUCAGCUGCUGCAGUUGCAACAAACUUACUCCGAAGCUUUCCCAACGUCAAGUAUGGUGUUAUGGUUGGAGUUGGCGGUGGUGCACCACAACUUCCUGAUCAUGACAUUCGCUUAGGCGACGUCGUGGUCAGCAGCCCAGGGAAUGGCCACAGUGGAGUCUUUCAGUACGAUUUUGGGAAAUACAUACAAGACAAGAAGUAUCAGUAUACGCGAUCAUUGAGUCAACCGCCCCAAGCUUUACUCACUGCAAUGGCGGGGCUCCAAACAUAUUAUGAGAAAAACGGUAACGGUCUGUUAGAGGCUGUGGAUGAGAUUCUCAAGAAUCAACCUGGGCUGAGGAAAAAGUAUGGUCGACCAUCGCCUGAUACGGACGUGCUCUUCAAGUCCAAUGUCGUCCAUGGUGAUGACCCUUGCGCCUCAACCUGCGGCAUGUACCCAGCAAAUACGAUUCCCCGCCCAGAGAGAGAACGAGGUAUCGACGACGAGUGCGCUAUUCACUACGGAACCAUUGCUUCUGGUAAUAGCGUAAUGAGAGACGCAGUCCUGCGCGACAGACUUGCGGUAGGCAGUAAAGCUCUAUGUUUUGAGAUGCAGGCAGCAGGAUUGAUGAAUAUCUUCCCCUGUCUUGUCGUUCGUGGCAUAUGCAAUUAUGCAGACACUCACAGUUCCAAAGAAUGGCGGGGAUAUGCUGCGAUGGUAGCCGCUGCCUACGCUAGAGAUCUCAUCCGCUAUCUCGCUCCGGAACUGGUUUCAUUGGGACAAAAUGCAAACUCUAUUUCCGAUAUCCAAGGAGCUCAUGUCGAGUCGAGCGCUGUUGUCACAGGUUCCGAGCCACGGCGACUUGGCCAAGGGGAACGAGUUACGCAGAGUUGGCUUGUAUAUAGAGAUUCUGGUGCACAGCAGAUCGAUAUAUCCCGAGAAGACAGCAAUAUACUUGCCAAUAGACGCUAG